AACUGCAUUUCCUGUACUUGACUUGAUUUAACCUUUAAGGUAAUGGAGUGCAUUUUCCCUGGGAAUAGGGGGCAAUCAUACCUAAAUCAUUGCAAGCAACCAGUAUUUUUGUGUUCGAGUAAGACCUUACCAAUGGAUGGCCAUUUGGGUCAAAAAUCACUGGGAGCACUACCUCCAGCAAAAUGACAAGUAUAACAGACUCCCUUUCAUCACUGACAAUGGAUGAAGAGAUAAAUGUGUAAAGCAAAAGCAUUUGUAAAUGGUGAAAAUUUUGUAACUGUUUGUUACAAAUCAGUAAAGGCAUUUUGUCCUCACAGGCUCCCGUAGAAGGAAAUAUGGUGUCUAAUAUGGCGUUGCCCAGAGACUUAGACCCGCUGCCAUGUAUUUGAGACCCGAUUUUUGUAGUUAUAUGUUAUGAAGCUGCCAAUAUUUUUCAACAUCUGCGCAUCAUUUAAUUAAUUUUCAACAUUUCGAUGGAUGUUUCCAGAGAUUAAUGGUUAAAACUACACAUUUUCUCUUUAGGAGGGAAAUCCUUUGAGAUUACUUUUUUAUUGAAAGGGCAACCUGGUCAAGAUAGCACACCAUUAAAAAGCUAAAAGCCAAAACUCUAUAAAAAAUGAGUUGAUAAAAUUAACUUGCAAUUGAAUACAACGGUUUAAAGUUUGAAUAUGGAACACAAACACCAAAGCGACAUCUAGUGUGUGGAGAUUGUAGUUGCAACAAUAGAACAAGGUUCCAGCUGUUGGGAUGCCAGGUUUGCUUCCGAUACCUGAAAUGUUUUAUUUGGGUCCAUGUGUUGUAGACUUCACCUAAACUCACUUUGCUUUCAGAUCUUUUAUGGUUGCUCCUCUUCUGAGAAGGAUAACGACAUCUGGGGAAGCAGCUGCUUGACUUGCCAAGUUCGCCAUUUUCCACAGUGCCUGCCUUGCUGUGCCGAGCAGAGUGUUUGGCAACCCGCAAUGGUGCCCUCUACUGGCUGGUAGUUGUAAACAUAAACCGAGUGCUGUGCCUAUCAAUAUAACUAUUUGAUAAUUUUUUAAUUGAAAUGUAGCUUUAAAAGGAAAUACUGAACCUUCAUUCUGCACACCUUUAAACACCCCAUGGAGUUUUUUUUUAAAGAAGAUUUUUAUUAAAUUGUCAGCCUUUAUUAAACAUUUAGCCUUUAAGUCACAUUUGUAGAUUUGACAGUGAUUUGUUAAUAGUUGUUGAUAACUUGCAAAGUAAAAAUUGAGAGUGUUAUUGUCUUAAUUCAAUGAGUGUCAGGAAAGUACAGCUAACCAAGUUCAUGAAAAUGGCUAGAAAACUAGAAAACCACUGUUCGUUUAGAAGAAAGGUAUGCACCACAACAGUAUUGGGAGUGGUGAGAGAGAGGAGGGCAAAGCAAGGCCUUAGUGACAUCUCCAAACAUGUCAGCGCAGCACAUGGGACACCACAGCCCUGCCCUCAGAGCCAAACUUCAAGACCAACAAGGGCAAAGCUGCUUCACACUUUGGCCCCAACAGCAACCUGUUGUCCUUUAAUGACAGAGUCUGCAGGUUUUGUUUCUAAGAGCUUUUCUCAUCUCACAGCAGCAUUUGGAUUGAAAUUUUUCCUUCGCUCAGCAAUGACCACUUCAUUUAUCUCCAACCUUGGGUUUGUUCACACUCUGAACGUCAUGCUAUUGGUACUGACUGCUUUGAGCUGGAGUAGUCCCAUAAAGCCUUCUGAGAUUUACCACAAGACAAGGAUUGACCGAUCAGACGUGGAUGACGAUACACUCAAUGCGCAGGACUUUUUGACCCAUUUUAUUUCCACAUUGAACCUUACAAAGCGAACAUCCCAAACCAGUGCCCAGGCCACCCACACAGAACCUCUACCAGAAUUCAUGCUGGAGCUCUACUAUCGCUUCGCCAACGACCGCACCGCAGUACCAUCUGCCAACAUUGUUCGCAGUUUCAAGAAUGAAGAUUUCUCCCCCUCUCGUGUAAAAGCCAGGGGUGUCAGAAUUCAUCCUCUUCUGUUCAAUAUCUCCGUGCCCCACCAUGAGCACAUAACAAUAGCUGAGCUUCGACUUUUCAUUCUUGUGCAAAAGGCCCAAAUACCGUAUGCUGGGAUUAACUGCAAGGUGACAAUCUACAUGCUACAUGACGGAGUUAUCUGGACAAAAGAGGUGGGGAAAGAAGGGAGAGGGAGGGAUAAAGAGGAGGUGGUGGAGAUGAAUGAUUUGCAGGAACUGAUGACAAAGCAUAUCCGUGCCAAAGAUAAUAGCUGGGUGUCAUUUGACCUCACUCAUGUGGUUACCCUUUGGUGGAAAUCAGGGUGUGCAACUCGAAGGCUGGAGGUUCACAUUGAAAGUCUGGGCUCAGAAGAAGAAGAGGUCAUGCAGAAAACAGCAGGGAGAGGCGACGGUUUGAUUGAGAUUGACAUUGACAGAAACUUGGAGGGGACCCACAAUUCAAUGAUGAUCGUAUUCUCAGAUGACCAGAGUAGAGAUCACAAACAGGACAGACAAGAGCUCGGUCAGAUGAUUCAACAUGAGAAUGACCUUCCUCAAAACAUGGACUGGAGCCAGCAACUUUUCCGGGGGGACAUGAAUCACAACACUGACCGUGCUAACCAGGACGAGCUGGGCGAACAGUCUGCCUUGGACCUACAGUCCAACCUUAUCUAUGACACACCUCCUCGAAUUCGUCGCAAUGUUAAGAGUGAGUCAUGCAGGAGGACGCCGCUCUUUGUGGAUUUUAAAGACAUCGGCUGGGACAAGUGGAUAGUCCAGCCUUUGGGCUACGAGGCGUACAAGUGCAAUGGCGUGUGCAGCCCUCCUAUGACAUCUGAGGUCUCACCUACCAAACAUGCCAUAGUGCAGACACGCUUGAGCCUCAAGAGCCCAGAAAGAGCUUCCCCCGCCUGCUGUGUGCCAACCAAACUGGAGCCAAUCACUCUUCUUUAUCACGAUAACGGAGUGGUCACUUUUAAUCACAAGUAUGAAGGAAUGGUGGUGGCAGAAUGUGGCUGUAGAUAAUGUCACUCAAAGAUAGAGACUGAUAAUCUAAAUGUAUCUAUCUGUAAAUCUAUCUAGUGUAAAUUAGCGUUGUAAAUUUGCAAUUGUAUAAAGGUGGAGCAGAAACUAAUGUUAUUUUUGAAUAGACCAAUUUCAAAGCAUUGGUACAAAACCCUUUUAACUGUCUAUCAUGAUUCAUCAUAAAUAGUUACCACUUUGUAUUUUAGUUAGCAUCUAUCAGUUAUUCGUGGAAGUAAAAUUCUGAAGUAUCAGUAUUGUGAUAACUAACUUCACAAAAAAGUAUGUAAAGUGAAAUUUCAGUCCGUCAGUAAUUGACCUAUUCAGAAAUACAAUUGCUGUUGUAUUUUAGAUUGUUGGGAUGCCUGAUUAGUUGCCUUUACAAGGAAGCAUAACUUGUAAGUAUCGAGUGUCUGUUGAAUGAGCAAGGCAGAUAAAUAUGUCGGUUUGUAUACCUUCCAAAAAUGUGCAGAUUCCCUGACAAAUCACUCUUGUUUUGAGCUUAACAUGCUGCCAGAUGUGUGCCAGUACCUGGCACAUGAAUGGCACCUGACUGACAAGCUUUGGACUACUUGGGCAUGCUGUACAUGUUAAAAUGCUGGUGAAGGUUCUCAGCCAUGCAGGUCAUGGUAAUCCAAAGGGGUUCAAAUGAAGGCAACUAGACUUCUUUGGUUUCUUGAAGAUGUUUCGCUUCCAUCCAAGAAGCUUUGUCAAGUCUCUCUAGAAUACAGGAGGGUCGAGCUUGACCCAGAAUUGACAAAGCUCCAUGGAUGUGAAGCAUCUUCAAGAAACCAAAGAAGUCCAGUUGCCUUCAUUCGAACCCCUUUGGAUUACGUGUUAAAAUGAUCAACGCUGCAACGUUGAAUAACCUUGAACAACUCAUCCUUAUCACUGUGGGAGAGUGCAAUAAUCCAGUCUACAAAGAAAGUCAAAACAAGAGUGAAGGCCAACAGGAAAGCUUUGCCAGGAAUUUUGGGUUUAGCUAUUUUGCUCAUUCUGUAUCUUCUUGCAACUAUUCAUACACCGACAGGUUUUAUAAAAGCAAAGCAACGGUUGAGUAGAAUUUUAGCUGUAAAGAAUUUCUUGUUAUCAGUAGCAAAUCUAAAAGGUAUUUAUUACAAUCACAACUUUCAGAAUAUCACUGGAAUCUAGAAGAUUUCAUGAGAACAAAGAUGCACGUUUAACUUCGAUGUUUCACAUUAUAGAAAUGUUUGUUCAUAACAGGAGUGGAGCAGAAAACACCUUUUAGCCCUAUGCUUUACAAAGAGAUGUACUCGCAGCUGAUUUGUAAUUUGCGCGCGCCUUUGUGAGUGUGUGUGUGUGUGUGUGUGUGUGUGUGUGUGUGUGUGUGUGUGUGUGUGUAUGUGUUUGUUGUAGCAUCUUAGGGCCCAUGGAGAUGAUUUAAAGACUGUAAUAUUCUGUCUCUGAAUUGCUUGCCAAACUCGCUGUGUAUUUUCAAUGGCUUCAGACCAGGAGACAAUUUUCCCAAUGUCUUGGAAACCCACGGGUGUCGUUCAGAAAACGCAGCUUCACGUUUCCAAUCAGCAGCACUCUGCUUCAGCUUCACAAAGUAAUGUCAAAUGGUAUAGUUAUAAAAAUAAAAUAUCUUAAAACAAA